GACUGUCAACAAGCAGCGCGUGGAGGAGCUGGGCAAAAAAAAAAAAAAAAAAAAGACACCGCGACUCCCCUUUCUGCCCUGUCACUGCAACUUUCUUUUUAAUUUCUCUCCGCAGCCAACGUAUGGUCAUGAGUGACUUUAUAACCAAUGCAACGGAUGAAACAAGAGUGCGCAAGUGCUUGACUACCACGUCGACCGAUACUCUUGGUUACGACGCACAACACGAAUCGCACGACGAGCUUGCUUUGAGCCGAAAGCGAACGAUUUUAACGGAAAAGCAGCAUGGACGAAAAGCUUCCAAAAUCCAAGAACAUGGAUCUGCCUCUCGAAUAACAUCCGCAGAAAAGCUGUCUGGAAGUCGUGAGAAGAUUGCGGAUGACAUGUCAGCCAAUGUCAUUCCUGUUCGCGAAGGCAACACAGUCAAAAUGCACAAACUCGAUAUGCCUGAAUGGGACAAAGAAAAGUCAGCCUGGGGGUUUUUGCAGAGCCUUAAUCCAAAGUACGAUUCAAUGUAUCUUGACAGGCAAGGAUGUGCCAAAACAGGUCGUACCGGUUAUCUCUUUGGCCGUUGCAAGGAUGCAGAUAUUCGAUUCGAAUCCCAGGAAAUUAGUAAACGUCACUGCGUUAUUUAUAUGGAAACGGGAAAUAGUAGUCACGGCAAAGGCAUUUGCAUCUACCUUAAAGAUAUGAGUUCGAACGGUACUUUUGUCAAUGGAUCGCCUGUGGGGGCUGAUCGACGGGUCAUGCUCAAAGCCGGCGAUCGGAUACAGCUGUACCAUCGCGAUGGUUUAGCGGAGGAUGAUUCGAAGCUCAUGUUUUACCGCAUUCUAUUUCCCCCGGUGUUUGAAGUGGGCUCAUUUGAUGACAGUUAUGUAGCGGAUAAGAAGCUUGGUGAAGGUUAUUUUGCCACUGUUUUUCAUGCUCAGGAAAGGAAUACCGGGAAAUGUGUGGCCGUCAAGAGAAUCUCCAAGAGCCGAUUCAACUCCGGCAGGAAACUGCUCCAUUCCAUUCUCCAAGAAAUCAGUAUAUUAAUGUCCCUCGAACCUCACCCCUGUGUCAUUCAAAUUGAAAAAGUAUUCCACGAACCCAAACAUAUCUAUAUGGUGCUUGAGCUUGUAGAAGGGGGAGAAUUAUUUGACUAUGUUACAGAACGCCAAAUGCUGACCGAACCGGAAACACGAUUUGUAACUUGGCAACUUCUAUCGGCCAUCAAGUUUUUACAUGACAGAAGCAUUGCGCAUCGAGAUCUGAAACCCGAAAAUGUUCUGCUGGUGGAUAAGGAGACACUUCACAUCAAAAUCACUGAUUUCGGAUUGGCCAAACUUGAAAGGCAAGGACAGCGAUUCUUUAGUCAAUGUGGAACCCCCAACUAUGUGGCUCCGGAAGUGUUGAAUCCAAACAGCAUCCGAGCUUACGGUAAAGAGUGUGACAUGUGGAGUUUGGGUGUGAUGUUUUACAUCUGUUUGUGUGGCUAUCCGCCUUUUAAUGAGGAAAAUCCUUCCAUUUCACUGCGAGAUCAGAUCAAAAACGGAAUUUAUGAUUUCCCUGUCGAACCGUGGGAAGAUAUCUCACCCUAUGCUAUCGAUCUAGUGGAACGACUAUUGAAAGUGAAUCCCAAAGAACGCGCCACAGUAAAAUAUGCAAAAUCACAUCCAUGGAUGGUAGCAGAGAGAGAGAAACUACGAGAAAUGGCAGAAGCAGUCAGCCCGACCCUAUAUGAUACCUUGGAAGUCGCUUCGGAAGAUCCUCUCGUUAUGACCCAAACUCAAUCAUGCUCCUUCACAACUUGCAUCGGCUUUUAGCGAUGCAGUCCUUCAAACCAACUCUUUUUUCCAAACCGUUUGCUCACUUGUCGACAAGUUACAGUGAAUUAGAUCAGACCUUCUUGCCAUGCCAUUUAUAAAUUAUAAGUUGCGCUAAAAGCAAUACAUGACGACUAACAUACAUUUCCAGGGGAA